UCUUCUCGGACGUCUUCACCUCACUUAUUGCGUGUGGAUAUAUUUGAGUCCACCAAGUGUUUGGUUACAUUGUUCUCCCCCUCGUGGACAAGCCGAGACUCAAGAUAAUCAAGAUGCAGAUUCAGGAACUGGAGAACAUUCCCACCCUCCCAACUCUUAUCAUAGGGGUUAUGGGUGUUACGGGCGCAGGAAAAUCUACUUUUAUUCAGCGAGCAACGGGCACCAACGAAGGCAUUGUCGGGCAUUCACUCGUGUCAUGCACCCAACAAGUCACACCGCAUUACUUUGCCGCGGAGGGUUACAACUUCGUCCUAGUCGAUACACCGGGGUUCAAUGACACAUACAAAUCCGAUGCAGAGGUGCUCAAGGAGCUGGCCAACUACCUCGAACUAACCUACAAGCAAAAAACCAAGCUGGCAGGCAUCGUCUACCUCCACCGCAUCACAGACGUCCGCAUGGACGGGGGCGCCAUGCGGAACCUGAAAAUGUUCAGGAAGCUCUGCGGCGAGAAACCCAUGCGCAACGUGGUCAUCGCGUCCACCUUCUGGGGCACCAUGAGCGACACCAUCUCCGAGGCCCACGAGAGCGAGCUCAUCUCCAAGUCGGAGUUCUGGGGCGACAUGAUCUCCCACGGCGCGCGCACGCAGCGUUUCACCGGCAACCAGCGCUCUGCCCUCGACAUUCUGCUUUCUUUUGCCGACCAUGACCCAGAGACGCUGCAGCUGCAGCGAGAGCUGGUGGACGAGCGCAAAUCCAUCGGCGAAACCGAGGCGGGUUGUGCCGUCAACGAGGAGCUGCUCGUUCUAGAGGAGAAGUACAAACAAGAAUUAAAGAAAAUACAGCAGGAGGCGGCCGAGGCCCUUGCCGAGAGGGACCAGGAGAUGCAGGAAGUCCUAGAGAAGGAGAGGGCCAAGAUGGAGCGCAAGAUCGAACGCAUCCACACAGACCAGGAGCUGCUCCGCGAGGACCGCCGCGAGGAGAUACGCCGGCUCGAGAUGGAGCACCUGCUGCGCUUCGACAAGAUGCAGCACGACUACCAGGUGAUGGUCGAGCAGCACCUCAAAGAGGCUGGGCUGGGCCAGAAGGAGACGCUCGAACAGAUGGUCCACCUGCAGGAAGAUAUGGCAGAGCUCAAAUCAAAACAAGCCGCACCGUAAACGAAAGAUUGCCUUAGAGAUCGGGGGCAAGGUUCUGACCAUCGCCGCCAGCUCUGCGUUGAGUAUUAUCCAUCCUGGAGCGAUACCAGUCGCAGUUGGGGGAAUCAUGGAUUUGAUCAGCAACUGUACGAAUUCAUAAACUUGAGGGUGUGUUUCUUGAGUUGGCCGCACUGGCGAGACUUGUUUAGCAUUGUUUCUAUUGCAAUGUUAUUAAUACCUCUUCUCGAAAAUCUUGAAUGUUAUUUUCAACAACUUCGUCC